AUGGCGAAUCCAGAGGACUACGAAUUCUCCAUUAAAGGGCGUGCCUACAAGCUCUCGGCUAUCGAGAAGGCAACCAAAGGCACAGUCGUCAGAGUGUCUGCACUGACAAGCAAGGCACUCGAAGCACUGGAUCCCGCCCUCACAGAGCUCGGUGGUGAUGAAGGAAUUGAGAUUCUCGUCAUUGGCUUGAAGCCACCGCAAUCUAGCGCCGAAGCAGAGAAGCGAGCUACUGCGACCUCGAUUAACUCAAGACUGGCAGACCAGAGACUCUUGACCGCUGCUACAGCGGAGAGCAGCACUGAUGCCGUUAGAGUUGGUCGGGUUUAUAAAGGAAGUGGCAGAAUGUAUGCCAUAAACAGAGAAUCCGGGCUUCUCGUUGCCCAUAAAAUGAAAUACCAAGAGGCUUUUAUAUUCAGCGAUUUCAGGGACGACUUCAUCAUUCCUAAAGCGCAGCGGACGAUUGUGUGGGCCAGCAUGCAGAAAGCUUGCACACAACGAUAUAUUUGGCAGGGCUGUGGUGAGGCAGACGCAUACGAGACCUGCAGUCACUAUCGAGACUGA